GAUGUGUCAGGGGAUGCCGGCUGGGCUGGGUUUGUAGCAGUGUCCCAGUUGUCCCCUUUUCUCCAUGCCGAAUGUCUGGCUGGCCCCGGUGCAAUGAGGGAGCCCGUGGCCUCUGGUCUGCAGGUGAUGGUAGCGCAGUCACUGCAAGCCUGAGUGCUCAGUGUGGGACCCAGCAGCACAAGCCCCGUUGUCACAGGCGGUGCCUUGUGCAGGGACGGGGAGCCAGGGGCUGCUCUGAGGGUGCCAAACAGGACUCAUGGGCUCGGGGAGUGCAGAGCCAGCCUGCCCUGGGGACCCAGAUCUGGUGAGGCGCCGGCCACGGCCCCCUGGACAAUUGCAGCAGUCAGCUCUUCCUAAUCUCCGGGGAGAUUAGCAGGGUCCCAGCUCAGCGCGAUGCACACAGGGAUGAAGUCCUGCGGAAGCAGCUCACAAUGCCCCUGCACUGGCAGGGGUCAGGGGAGAGGGGCUGCUGGGGUCACUCUGCCCUUGCCCUUCCUCCCCUCUCCCGUCCCCCGUGCUGCAUCUCCCGUGUUCGUGACACUGAAACUCUUUCUUUUCCCUCUCCUCCCUCCCUGGCAGCAGUGGGCUGUGCUGUGGGGCCCUGGGGGCCGUGGAGCGGGUGCAGCUCCCCGUGCGGGGUUGGCAGCAGGGCCCGCAGCCGCCAGGUCACUGUGCCGCCCCGGCACGGAGGGGAUCCCUGUCCUGACCUCAAGCAGCGCCGCGGCUGCCUGGGGCAGCACCCGGCCUGCGGCACGGCCAAAGGUAACGUGGGCUGCCUGCUGCCCUCCUGCGUGGUCAUCCCCGUGUGCUGCCGUCCCGGGGUGUCUUUAAUCAUCCCCGUGCCCCUCACAGCUGCUCUUCUGCCAGAGGUAGCCAAGAUACUCCCCAGCUCCUUCAGCCAGGACUUCAGAGAUCCCUGGCGAAGAGCUGGGCUGCCACUGCCGGAGGAGCCCUCUGGCUCCCCCCUCCCCAGCUACUGCGGCUAUUUCCGCCUGACACAGGUGGGACCCCCGUGCCGCGGGCGAGCCUGGAGCCGCCGGCUGCACCGGGACAAGCAGGUGUGUGUGGAAUGCCGGGGGAAUCUGCCUCACCACUGCACUGGACACGGGCUGCAAGGAGCCAGGUCAUUUUGGGUGGCCGCUUCUGUGGUGGGGUGCCAGGGCUCGUGGGUGCAGGAGGGCCUGCAGGAGGGCUGUGUCUGCUCCCCACCAGCUCUCAUGUUCGUGUAGGAUCCCCCUGGGAAGGUGAGCUGGGCUUCCCCACUCCUUGCUGGGGAGGUGGGGAAUGAAAUAAAAAUGUGGUCUCCUUCAUAAUUUCACCCUCCUGCAGGUUUGCUGCUCACCCUUGGUGCCAGCUCCCUCUAUUUUCCAUUAAAUAUUUUGCUGAAGAAUGGAAAAACCCUCGUUAUAAAGACUGAAAAUAAGGGAAUUGUUAAAGUGUGGUGAUUAAUGGUAGAAGAACAACAUGAUGAGAUUAAGUCUGGGUGAGAAGAUGAUGUGGCAGUGACAUGGUGUGAUGAUGUCACACUCAGCCUUGACAUCAUACUUUCAACGAGCUGCAACUGGCAAGCAACGUGAGGAUGGAAGCAUCCUUCCUCUUGUCUGAGCUCGCUCACUGCAGUAUCAGGUGAGCCAUGCAGGGCAGUUCAGGCCUGCUGGGCUUUGCAGAGAGCAAAGUCUGCACGUGGGCGAUGGUGCUGGUGUCCAGUUCCAGCCGUGGGGCUCGGCCGCCUGCACUGGAAGGAAUGAGGCUGGGCUGGGCGGUGCUGCUGCCCUUCCCCACUCCUCGCCCAGCAGGACAUGACCUUGCUGGUGGGGUCCCAGCUUUGGGUGGUGGUACCACAGCCUGUGGUGGGAGCACGU